UGAUUUAUAUACUGUCAGCCUUGUGGGAAGCAGUGCCAAGCAGGCCGUCCCGCACAGCUGUCCCCCUUUGGCGCCACAUAAUGACAACAAGAAGAGGGAAGGUGGGUUGUGUGUGAAACCUUCAGCACCGCGGCGUCAUGUCAGGCAGAGGACCUGCUUCUCCCGUCUGGUCUUCCCCUCACGCUUCGAUCGGUCUGGCAAUUUCAUAAGCAGGGCAGAUAAGAACAAGAGAACUCAAGAAAACAUGGGAAGUUGCAAGAAGUCAUCAGGCUUACACGUGGAGUUUCCUCUAGGUACACGUACUCGUCUCCAAAGGCUUAUUAUUAUUUUUUUCAGAGGAAGAAGCAAAAGCAGCAGCAACAGCAGCAGCAGUUCAUUGGCGGAAACGAGACAGGAGGCAGCACGUUAGGUUGUGUGUUUAUUUCAAGCAGGCGACGCGACCUGCUUGUGGGACCCCCAUGCUAAUGGGCCGCCCGCUACUGGGGGCGUGAGGUGACAGUUGGGCAGCGAAAGUGUGUGUGUGUGUGUGUGUGUGUGUGUGUGUGUGUGUGUGUGUGUGUGUGUGUGAGUAGAAAAGAGAGCGGCGAAAUCUAAUACCCAUGUGCACUAUCUUAACUUCCAUAGCUUUAAACAGGCACUAAUGGAAAUUAUUGAGUCUUUUCAUGUUUCUGUUGGUUUCAAUAAAUAUGUAUGUCACUGGGAAGAAGCAGCCAUGAGAAUCAUAUAGGACCUCUCAUCUCUGUGGCCUUACCUGAUGAGAUGACAAGGCAUUUCAAAAUACGAGCGAGACUUAACUUGCCGAGAUAGGAAGCGUUUCAAAGUACCAGUGAGGCUUUCAACCAAAUUAUUCAUCGCCUCCUCUCACAACCUUCAGAACCACAGUGUUUUCUUUUACUGUACCCUUUCUGCCAACUACUGACGGUCCUUGCAAGAAACCAUUGAAGAAAACCAUUUAUUUUGCCUUACUAUUUAUGUUGGCCACUAGUUAAAUGCGACCUCGGGCUCUCGUGCUGCUCCUUUCAUCAUAUCUUAUCGAUUUCUCCAGACCUGUUUUUUCUUCAAUAAUGAGUUUUUGGGGUAUACGUCUGAUCUAUAAAUAUUAAUAGCCACAUGAACCCGUAGUAAAGGUCACCUUGACCAACUUGGCAAAACUCAAGAUUAGAAAUUACGUGCUCUCUCUCUCUCUCUCUCUCUCUCUCUCUCAUCACAGUAGUUACAAUAUCAUGGAGUGAUUGGAGCGAUAAAAGUGGGAAGCAGGAGCACGUUUGGCCACGUACAAACACUCCUUCCAGUGACACAGUUCAAGAUAGCCCCUGAGUACUGGUGAGAUGAGCAACACUCUUGUCUUGCCGUAAACUAGGAAUGUAUAAUGGACUCCCCAUGGCUUAAGAAAAAAAAAAAACUAUAAGAACGUGGAAACAUUCGAUACAUACACUCAUGGCAGCUGUGUGUGUACCACUGAGGCAUGUGAAAAGUCAAGGAAGGAAAUUAUGUGGGGCGCUUUUUCUUGGCUGUGGUUCUACGGAAAGAGGGUCGUUGACCAAAAACAGAUAUCUCAGCAAAAUGACAUUAUAUACGAAUUAUCAAAUGCAGAAUUUGGCUUCCUGUCUGCAAGUCACAUGUGAAGAAGUCAAAGUAAGUGAAUGCUAUAAGAAUGUCAAGCAAUUAGAAUGAUAUGAAAAAUAAUACAGAAGUGGUAAAUAUCAAUACAAACAAACAUCAAAUUUAAACUUCCCGCUGAGCAGAAUGAAGUGGUAACAAAAACAUUCCUCAUUUUUUGAGACGUACAACAAUCUUACCUUGGUAAAAAAGCAACUCAUUUUUCUUCAAACACACUUUUCACUAACAAAAACAACAAAUAAACUAACCACGCUAAUUUUUCUUACAAAUCUAGAAUAUAAUAUGAAUGAAAAAGUAAAUAUUAGAAAGAAAGCAGAAGAAAAAAAUCCUAGUUAUCGUGAGGGACAACAAGUCAACAAGGCUCAGCUGACUGCCUGCAGACGACACGCGGCCCUUGGCACUGAUCAGGAUGUCGCCCCGUCAGGGUAUUACCAGUCUGUUCCUUGCGUCAGGGAGGUGGAGAGCAGUCCCAACUGUUAGAAAUACUGUUGGGAUGUGUGCCAGUCAGAAAAGGGAGUACUCUGAGGAUUUCCUGCUCAAAUGUUACCAGGAUCACAAGAAGUUAUGGGAAAGCAAAAAGAUGCCGGAGAAUGUCAACCUGAGAUCGGUGUUUGGUAACAAUGAACUUGAUCUCCGAGACAUCAAGAUCUAUGGCUUUGACUAUGACUACACCUUGGCACAUUAUAAAGUAGCCGUGGAGAAUCUGAUAUACGACCUGGGGAAGAAUGUCUUGGUCUCUAAAUAUAGGUAUCCAGAGAAGAUAAAGAACCUGCAGUACAACCGGGACUUGGCAGUGCGAGGGCUUCACUAUGACAUUGAGAAGGGUCUGCUGAUGAAGCUUGACCAGUUCCAGCAGCUGCAGAUUGGCUCCAUAUACCGUGGCCUGACCCGUCUCUCCCAGGAGGAGGUGAUGAAGAUCUAUGGAAGCCGCUCGCUGCCACUGCAUUAUGUUGAGGGACACUUGAAAGGGCUCUGUGAACUUGCUAAUUUUCAGACGGGCGUUGCAAUGGAUACCAAGAUGGCACACCUGGCAGAUCUGUUCUCCUUGCCGGAAAUGUGUCUGCUCAGCCAGGUGGCCCAGUACUUCAUGGACAACGACCUGCCCUACCACUCCGUCCCACUCUUCAACGAUGUCAAAGCCGCCAUCAGCAGCAUUCACCCUGAGAUGCACCGCAUUGUGGCCAGGAACAUUGAGGAGUAUCUGAUCAAAGACCCCGGCCUUGUCACAUUUUUUGAGAGGUUGAAAAACAAUAAUAAAGAACUCUUCAUCAUCACCAACAGUCCAUUCUCUUUUGUGAAUGUUGGGAUGACAUACCUAUUGGGUGAGGACUGGCGGCAGUACUUUGAUGUGGUGAUAGCCAGUGCCAAGAAACCUGCUUUCUUCACGGACAGCAUGAGGCCAUUCCGAGAGCUCAAUGAAGAAAUCCUGGUGCAGACUUGGGGCCCUGUCACAAGCUUAGAGAAGGGCAAGGUGUACCUGGAGGGUAAUCUGAAGCAGCUGCAGGAGAUGAAAGCGUGGCAUGGACAGGAGCUGCUGUACUUUGGUGACCACCCGUACAGUGACCUUGCCGAUGUAUCUCUCAACCACAGCUGGCGGACCGGUGCCAUCAUUUGGGAGCUGGAUUAUGAGAUUCAGUGCCUUAAUUCAGUGGAAUACAAGAAGACCAGUGGGUGGCUGGUGGUGCUGCAGUCACUCAUUGAGAGCUGCCAAGAUCUGGAGGAUGAAACUUCCCGGCAAAUAGUCAAGAAGUGGGUGGAGGAGAGGGACCAGCUCAGGCACAAGACGAAGGAGAUGUUCAACCCUCAGUUCGGCAGUGUCUUCAGAACUCACAACAAUCCCACUUAUUUCUCGCGUCGACUCUUCCGGUUCGCAGACAUCUACACCUCCCGACUCUCCAACCUCAAUGACUACUCCAUCAACCACACCUUCUACCCGAGGAGGGGAGUCCUGCCCCAUGAAUACAAGUCCCUGUUUGUGUGAGUAAUUUUAAGGAGCCAUGCAAUGGAUCUCAUCUCUUCAGUGAAUUUGUAAGUAUUAUUAUAAAAAGAAAAAUUUCCUCUAAUUUUGUAGUACACAUGCUGUGUUUUGAGGAGCCAUGGGGCUCUCUCCAGAUUUUAUUUUUAUAUGUCUGUUAUAAAUGAGAUGCUUAGAUCAUGACAGAAGGGAAGGAGCCUUGGCUGGGACAUGUCAUUAAUCACCUUCCCUUGAUACAACCUUGUGCCAGGAAGACAUCCAGACUUGGGUUUUAUUGUUCUUAUAUUGUGUUUUUAUUGUUCUUAUUUUGACUCACAUCAUUAAGUGGUAUUAACCAUAGAAAAUGGUGGCAAAGGAGUCCACAAGUCAGCAAUAAUUGAUUUUAUUAAAAUUUGUACUUACGACAUCAUGACAAUAACUUUUAUGUUAGUGUCUUAACUCAGGCAAUGUGUGUUGGUACUAUAUACUAUGUUAUGUAUUCAUAGUAAUAAUGAGCAUUGUCUUUUUAUUGAACAGAAGAUAUAACCACUGGGAUAGUUGAAGUGCAGAGCAAGGAAAUUUCAUGUUUUUUUAAAAUUUUUUUUAUGAAUAAUUGAUUAGUUUCACAGAUCUCAUGACUGUCCUAUAACUGUGCAAUACUGGGCUUCAUUUUCAUCAGAGCAGUAUUAAGAAUGGUGAGAGUUGCUGACACUUAUAAAGGUGUCACAGGUAGAAUUGUCUCCUAGACUGACCUGGGACUGUGUCGUAAAUAUCAACUCAAUAAAAACUUGACAAAAUUUCUCACAGUGAGGCAAUGUAGUUAGUGUACUUACAGUGUGCUGCUUAGUACAGCAUAUAGAUUUCAAGAUGCUGCUGAGAACUCAAGCAGUUGUUUAAUGCAUAAUUUUGAAGCAUUUAUUAAUUAAUUUUAUCUUUACAUGAAUGUAUUUAUAGUAUUCCCACUUGCACAAUAAAAUAUUAGAAGUGUAUUCAGACUAGAGAGGCUUUUACAAAAUGCUAUAUAAUUUCCAUGCAUUACACCAUGGACUAAGAAUGAAGUAUUCUCUGAGAACAGUUUCAGGAAAGGUCUGACAAUAUUAUCUGUAAUGGAAGUGCUUUCUUAUAUAAUAUUAUCAUGAGAAAAUCUCUAACCUCACUCGUUUUGGAAGUUGUGAUCUCCACCGGUGAGUGCUGACGGCUGCCCUGCCUCUCUUGUUAUCAUCCUGGUGAACUGUGUUUGUGAUCUUUUGCUUAGUUUCAUUAUGGAUAACUUACAGAAACUUUCUAUACAAAAUAAAAGUGUUUGCUACAAACGUGUAACUCCAUUAAGAAACGGGCUAUGCCAGGGCCAGUGAUGGGUUCAGCCUCAUUGUUUAUAAGUAUUAUGCUCCAAGUGGCUUGAAGUCACACUCGUGUGUCAAAGAGACAAGCAUGCAACAAAAUGUACAGUUUACUGUCACUAUCUCUGAGGGAGCAUGGUGGCAGUGUUUCCCAGACUAACAGUGGGCAGUGGCCUUGGGACACAGUGGUGUUUCUUCUGUUGUUUUAUGAUAACUCACUGUUGGUAUGGAUUAAUAAUAACUUCUAUCCUUGUGAUGUCUAGUGUACAAGUAUGGCUAUAAAGCUUUUAUGUAUUUAUUUUCCAAAGACUCUGCUUGAUGUAAUCAUGCUCUGCAGUCUAAGAUUGAUAAAUAUUUUGUUUGUCAAAGUGUUCGUAGGUUGUGGCUUCUUCACAACAUUGCUGAAGUUCAUGUAUGGAGAUGUGAUGGUAGAAAGAGAGAAAGACCUCAGCCAUUAAUUAAGGAGAUGUAUGAAUAGAGAGGCAGAGGCUUGACUGACAUAGUGAUCAUUGUUGAAUGCUUUAAGAGUCUAACUUUUGUUAUAUAUUUUUGGAAUUUAAACACUUUAUAUUGUUGAUAUUAUAUGAACAAAGUCUGCAGCAUCUGAUUAAGUUUAGGUUUUGACAUAGUUUUAUGCACACCUGAUCCCUUGUUAUCAUGCUGUAAAUUAUAACAUGAAUAAUUUUUGGAAUAAAAUAUCACAUUUUUAUGAUUUCAUGAAAAGAAACAAAGCACAAGAAAUCGGGCAAACAACAGAUUGUGUGGGAGAAAAAAUUCAGGAACCAUUAAGGGUAUGAGAACCCAUCCUGGCCGAGUGGUGUGUGUGUGUGUGUGUGUGUGUGUGUGUGUGUGUGUGUGUGUGUGUGUGUGUGUGUGUGUGUGUGUGUGUGCACUUUUAUUGUUCAGUGCACUAGAAUGUCCAAUUUCUUUUUUGUGCAGUAGAGGAUUUGAUUUCCUGAGACGGGAUAGUUGUAGAAUCUUUUUAAAGUUACCAGGUAUUAUCUAUUUAUCUUGCUUACCUCAUUUUUAAACUUGCUUUUUAUUUACUUAAACAAGAUAUGAUAUUAAUCCUUUGAUCAAAUCUCACUUGUUUCUUUACCAGUUAGUAUAGGCAAUAGUGCUUUUUGGUUUGUAUUGUGCCUUUCCUUAGUUACUCACAAAGGCCUGAGCAGUGUGAUAGUUGAUGUAGGCUCAUUCAUAUUAUUGUGAACCUCCAUGACUAUUUUUACUCAGUAUCUGUAUUCUCAAACACUUGUCCCAUCUUGGCUACUUUUAACAGGUUUUCAAGGGUGUUUUCUAAAUCUAGUGGUAGUUUUACAAGCAGUCUGUUUCACAAUUGGGAAAAUGCCUAUGAAAAUCUGAUUAAUCAUCUUCUUGGGCAUUGGAAGUAGUCCUUAUGUGAGUCAGGUGUUUCAAGAUACAUACAUGUUCAUGAUUUAUUGUGUUCAGUGCAGUUCAUCCUUUUGGAGUUUCUCAUUUGCAGUGAAAACAUUUUUGUAUUUUACUGAUGUGUAUGUUUUUUAUCUUGCCUGUCAUGAAUUGAUCCAGAAUUUAAGUACAGUAAGGACUUUGUGGUGUGUGGUGUACUACUUGAAGAUGUACUAUAGAAAGGAGCGUAUCAGUAGUGCAGCUGUAGCCAGUGGUCAAGUAACCUGCCACACUCUCACUGUGUCCAUAGUUCUCCCUCUGUUGUAUGUCCUCUGAGCUGCUGGCAACCUUACAUUACCUGACAAUUGAUAGAGCCUUGUGUUUUGUAGUUUCCACUCAGUCUUGAGUCCUCUGACUUGUUGACAGUCUUCCAAACUCUGACAGUUAAUAGAUUCUUGUGUCUUUUGUCUCCUUACUGGACAAUUAAUAGAUUUUUGUAUGCAAUGUCUUCCUUCAUUUAAUCUUGAAUAGUUUGAACUACUGACAGUCUUACAAAACUUGACAUUUGAUAGAUUCUUGUAUGCAUUGUCUUCCCUGAAACUCAAAUCUUCCAAUAUCUUGGCAGUCCUACAAAACCUGACAUUUGGUACAUUAUUCUCAAACAUUUUUCUACUCUAUCUUUAAUCCUUUGAUGGCUGACAUUCUUAUAGAACCUGACCUGAUCAGAGAGGACUUAACCCUUUCCCUGUUGGAUAAAUAUAUUCCUGUGUUCACCUACUACGACUUUUUAGACUCUUUCACAAGUGCUACAGUCUCUUGAAUAGCUCUGUAUCUUAUAAACGACAAAACUGACCAAUGUAUCCUUUUUUUUUUUGUAGUAUAUUGCAAAUCUAUAUUCGUUCAUUUAUUGUUAUUUUUCUAUAUAUUGCACUCUUAAUAUUAUCAGAAGAUGACUACAGGAGUAAUAGAUUUAUAGACUGAGGGAUGACAUGGAUGCAAUGGCAGAGUGUGGUAUGUUGCCCUUUGCCCCUGACUGUGCCUCCCUUAGAGCAUUGUUAUGAGGGCUUGCUAGGGCAUCCUGAGAUCUGGUUGGAAGGUGUAUUGGUGGAUGUGUGUGUAAAGAAGGAAAUAAUGAGAUCGUU